AUGGAAGAUUUUUUCACAUUGGCUGGUGGUUUAGUAGAACAGGCGGAGGUAUGGCAGUACAGUGAAGAAGAUGCAGAUAGGAUACGGUGGACAUCAUCCACAUCUGAUUUACCUAAUACCACAUCCCUGAGGGAUAUAUAUUUUGAAUUAUUGAGACUAAGGAAACGUGAAACUGAUUUAGACCUACAUGGUCUCUUUUUAUCUGAAUAUCAUCGUAAGCUGCAAAUCCCACGUGGUUUUCGUGUCAAAAAUAUCCCCACUAUUGGUAGAUUAAAGCCACAGGUCUGCAAGCGUUGGAUUUCAGUUUUAAAUAAAUGUUCAUUGGACCUUAUGCUGAUCAUCAUUGAGGAUGUCAGAGAGGACCUAAUUCAGGUGAGGAGACGGAUCUCUGAAUUAGAAACAAAACAGGCAGUAUUAUUAUCAGCACCGGAAUCUGCACCAACUUUAUUAAAACUGGAAAAUAACAUCAAGAACUAUAAGACAGACCUUGUCAGGUUUAAAAGAGAAAAACAGGAAAAAGUGACAGCUGAUUAUAAGGAGCAUCGUGUAUAUAGAUGGCUCAGUGGGAAGUCUGAUGUACCAUACUUCAUCAAGAAACGCAGACCUAUUCGCAAACCUAGACAGUUUACAAUAGAUAAAACCUCAGGAGAAUCCACCUCUGAGUCGGAGCUAGUGCACGAUUCAUUUCCAGUACGUAAACCUGGUAAUACAUCAGGCAUUGCACAACCUUUUUUAGAGACGGCAUCAGCCGAGGAAUUUCCUAUACGGACACGCUAUCAGAACAGACAUGCAAUAUCAGGCGGAGACACAUUACUAGACGUGGACAAAAGGGGCGCACCUUCUGGG